AUGCCUUUCGAAACUGGCCUCCAAGGCACUCAUGUUCUCAUCACCGGCGGCACCCGUGGCAUGGGUCAGGCCAUGGUGCGGCGAUUUCUACAGGAAGGGGCAGACGUCUCAUACUGCGCCCGCACCGUCACCAACACCGAAUUUGAUGAGGUACAUCAAUCUCUCCUUGAAAACAACCCUGCUAGAGCAUUUGGCACUGCCCUUGACGUUUCCUCCAAAGAAGGGAUCAUCAAUUGGGUCCACAGCUCCGCCGAACGCGUAGGACGCAUCGACGUGGUCAUCGCAAAUGCAUCUCCUAUGCAUAUGGAAGGUGAAACCGAGCACUGGCAGAGCAGCUUCGAGAUUGAUGUCAUGGGCUUCGUGGAGCUGGUGAAGGCGGCAGAACCCUACCUGGAGAAGUCCACACAGGCCUCCAUCAUCGUGCAGAGCUCUUUCAUGGGCCGCGAGUUUUACCGAAGCCCGCCUGCGGCAUACGGACCUUGUAAAGCCGCCCAGCUGCAACAUGUGCAGGAGCUGUCGCACUAUCUGGGUCCCAAGGGCAUCAGGGUCAAUGCCAUUUCGCCGGGUCCAGUGCUCUGCGAAGGCGGUCCCUGGGAGAAAUAUUCGAAACUCAUGCCAGAGUGGGUAGAAGAGCAGCGGCUGAAGAUUCCUUUAAGGCGAUUGGGGGGACCGCAGGAAAUUUCAAAUGUGGCUGUCUUUUUGGCAAGUUCAUUGGCUAGCUUUGUCACCGGGUCAAAUGUACUGGUGGAUGGAGGUAUCCACGUCGGCACACAGUUUUAG